CCUGUUUGGGAAGUGUUGAGGAGAGACAGGGAAAGCGACCACCAUCUCCCAUACUCCCACACCCUGAAUCUCAGGGCUUUCCCUUUCGCCAGGCUCACUCAAUACCCCAGGGAGGCGUGGCUCUCACCUACCCAACCACCUACUCUCUCCCUGGGGGCUGGGCUAGCUUCUCCAGGGGCCCUCUCUUCUCUAGGCAGCCACGCAAAUGUGGGACUGGCCAAAAGGUCUGCAGAAGCCAUGGGCUCCCACUUCUCGCAUGGACUCCGGACCCAGAGCCAGGCUGGGCUUCAUCACCAGGCCUCCUCACCAACUCCUGUCCCUUCUUCUGUGUCCCGGACUCCGGAUACUUCGACUGUCAGUACAUUGUGCUCAGCCCAGGAAAUCUGAGAAUCCUGCCUGUGCCAUUCACAGGCCCAGAGCCAUGGCUAGCUCCUCUUCCUCCUGGGAACUGCCCCUGGUGGCUGUGUGCCAGGUAACAUCGACACCAGACAAGCAACAGAACUUUAAAACUUGUGCUGAGCUGGUUCAAGAAGCUGCCAGACUGGGUGCUUGCCUGGCUUUCCUGCCUGAGGCAUUUGACUUCAUUGCACGGGACCCUGCGGAGACGCUGCGCCUGUCUGAGCCACUGGGUGGGAACCUUUUGGGAGAAUAUACCCAGCUUGCCAGGGAAUGUGGACUCUGGCUGUCCUUGGGUGGUUUCCAUGAGCGUGGCCAAGACUGGGAGCACACUCAGAAAAUCUACAAUUGUCAUGUGCUUCUGAACAGCAAGGGAUCAGUAGUGGCCACUUACAGGAAGACACAUCUGUGUGAUGUAGAGAUUCCAGGGCAGGGGCCUAUGCGUGAAAGCAACUCUACCAUGCCUGGGCCCAGUCUGGAGUCACCUGUUGACACACCAGCAGGCAAGAUUGGUCUAGCUGUCUGCUAUGACAUGCGGUUCCCUGAACUCUCUCUGGCAUUGGCUCAAGCUGGAGCAGAAAUACUUACCUACCCUUCAGCUUUUGGAUCUGUUACAGGCCCAGCCCACUGGGAGGUAUUGUUGCGGGCCCGUGCCAUUGAAACCCAGUGCUAUGUAGUAGCAGCAGCACAGUGUGGACGGCACCAUGAGAAGAGAGCAAGUUAUGGCCACAGCAUGGUAGUAGACCCCUGGGGAACAGUGGUGGCCCGCUGCUCUGAGGGGCCAGGUCUCUGCCUUGCCCGGAUCGACCUCAGCUAUCUGCGACAGUUGCGCCAACACCUGCCUGUAUUCCAGCACCGCAGACCUGACCUCUAUGGCAAUCUGAGUCACCCGCUGUCUUAAGACUUUGACUUCUGUGAGUUGAGACACCCAUUGUGAGCUGGUGCUGCUGUGACCUGUAGGCAGGACCCAGGCACAGCUCCCCUCACUUGGAGAACCUUGACUCUUUUGAUGGAACAUAGGCUCAGCUUACUGGGAAAGAAGAAACUUUCACCUGAGCUCAGAUUUCAGUUUCAGAAAGGUGGAAUUUUAUAUAGUCAUUGUUUAUUUCAUGAAAACUGAAGUUAUGCUGAGGGCUGAGCAGCACUGGCAUUGGAAAAAAUACAAUAAUCAUAAAGUC